GAAAAAUUUUUUAACAAAAUUUUAAUAACCCAAAAUUAACAUGUUAAAUUUUAUAAGGAUCGGGCUAUACAUCUUACAAGCUAUAGGAUUUAAAAAAAUUUCUAGACCCAAUAGUUAUUACUCUGGGAACCAAAAUUCAAAUGAUUCCAGUAUUAUAAUAACGAACAUUAUAUUAAGACAUGGUGAAAGAUCUCCCGUCGAAUCAUAUAUCUUUCCAAACUACGUAUUCAACCAAAGCCAUUGGCCAAAUGGUCAGAAUAACCUAACGGACAAUGGAAUUAUUGAGAUUCUCGAAACUGGGAGGCUCCUUAAAAAUAGAUACGCUAAUAUUUUUAAACGUUCACUCAGUUUAUUAGAUAUAAAAUCUUCAUCUUCUGAUACAAUAAGGACGAAAAGCUCAGCCUUAGCCUUUUUAUAUGGCUUUAUGGGAAGUAUAAUGGAUUUCAUUACUCGAAAAAAGAUUUUAGCUCUAGAAGAGUAUGAUGCAUUACACAUAACAACCGAAAAUGAUUUAUUAUUAAAUAGUAUCGGGAAAUGUUGCAAUCAUAUCUCCGAAUUCGUUAAUACUCUAACAAUACCAAACUCCACUUUAGCGAAUUAUGUAUAUAGCAAUAAAAAUUAUUAUGAUAAGGUCAAAGAGCAUUCAGGGUUCGGAGAGAGGUUGACUCCUAUGACCAUGCUAUUUGUAGUAGAUCCAUUAUUUUGUGACAAAACAUAUAAUUAUUCCUUACCUGAUUGGGUGACUCCUGAAGUCUAUUUAUUUACACAAAAUUAUGCAGAUAUAAUGUUUGGGUUGAUAUAUAAGGACAACGCGAAUUUGUUAAAAUGGAGUAUUGGGCUUUUGACGAACAAAAUUUUUUGUAAUAUGCUAAAACACUUUGAUUCUAUUUGGAUGAAUACUAAAUAUCCAUGGUUUAAAAAUUAUUUGAUAUGUCACGAGAAAAAUAUAACUGAUAACAUCGAAGACCCUAAAUCUAUUCAUAUGUUUUCCGCUCAUGAUAUAACUAUAGCAGGUAUAAUGUCGAUGUUUCAAAUAGAGUUUGAUUCCAGACCCAGGACAGCAAGCGCUUUCAUGGUCGAAUUAUGGAAAUAUUCAAACCCAACUUAUAGCGCAAAUAUUAGUUCAUUUAAUUCAUCAAACGAUAAUUGGAUCUAUUCCACAGACCCUUAUGUUCCUUUUAUUUAUUAUUUAAAAUUUAUUUAUAAAACUGAAAGAAAUGGUAAAAACGUAAUAAAUAAUCUCGAAAGAGAUAUUCGUUUUGAGAUAGCCAUUCAAAUGGGAAAGGAUAAAUUAGUGGCUACUGUAGAAGAUGCCUUGAUAACAUGUAAAAGAGACCAGUGCUAGUCGGCGCAAGGGGCUUAUCAGUUCGGCAAUUACAUAAUAGCAUUGUAUAAUAUGUAUAUUUGAGGCAAAAAUAUUUUAUACCCCUCAGCUAUUUAAAUAU